AUGGAUAAUAUAACAACAAGUAUUAUUAAUAAUACUGGUAUCACAAAUAAUAAUAAUAAUAAUAAUAAUAAUAAUAAUAAUAAUAAUAAUAAUAAUAAUAAUAAUAAUAAUAAUAAUAAUAAUAAUAAUAAUAAUAAUAAUAAUAACAAUAACAAUGGUGGCAUUAGAAUUAUUAAUAAUAAAAAAAAUAAUAGCAAUAUAAAUACAAAUAAAGAGGAUGUGGACGUUAAUGAUAAUAAUGAUGAUGAAUAUCAAGAAGAGAAUAACGACGAUGAUGACGACGAUGACGACGAUGAUAUUAAUAAUAAAAAUGAAAAAGAGAGUAAUUUAGCUAGCACACAAAAUAGUAAUAGUAGUGGCGGAGGUGGUGGAGGUGGUGGAAGUGGUGGCGCAGGUGGUGGCAGUGUUGGUAGUAAUAAAAGAAGUAAAAAUGGAAGUAAUUUAAAAACAAUAUGGUCAGAGAAUUCAUCUAUGGAUGAUUCAUCAGAUACGCCAUCAAUUGAAGCAUCUAUUUCUUUGUCAUCAUUAUCCUCAACUAUUUCUAGAUUAAAUAGUAAUACAUCCAAUAUUACAACUACCACUUCUUUUGCUACUUCUAAUAGUUUAGGUGAAAUUGGUAGUAAUAGUAACAGUAAUAGUAUUAAAAAUAUAAACAAUAGUAAUAAUAUAGUUAGUAAUAGUAAUAAUAAUAAUAAUAAUAAUAAUAAUAAUAAUAAUAAUAAUAAUAAUAAUAAUAAUAAUAAUAAUAAUAAUAAUAAUAAUAAUAAUAAUAAUAAUAAUAAUAAUAAUAAUAAUAAUAAUAAUAAUAAUAAUAAUAAUAAUAAUAAUAAUAAUAAUAAUAAUAAUAAUAAUAAUAAUAAUAAUAAUAAUAAUAAUAAUAGCCCAAUAAUGGGAUUUAAUACACCGAGUUUACCUAUGGCACAAAAUCAAAUUAAUAUAAAUUUAAAUAACCUCAACAACAACAACAACCAGCAACAACAACAAAAUAAUGGAUAUUCACUAUCACCUUCAUCAACACCAUCAUCUUCACUCUCUUCAUCAUCAAAUAAUAUAUCAAGUGGAAAUAGUGGAGAAUGUAAAAAAUGUCAUUGUAAGAAUUCAAAAUGUUUGAAAAUGUAUUGUGAAUGCUUUGCUGCAAAGGUAUUAUGUAAUGGUUGUUUAUGUUUUGGUUGUCAAAAUAAUGAGGCAAACAUUGAAAAAGUUGAAAGAGCAAGAUUUCAAACUUUAGAAAGAAAUCCAGAUGCUUUUAAUCCGAAAAUUAAACCUUCAAAUUCAAAAAUAAAUAAUCAAAUUAUAAUUGAUAAACAUUCAAAAGGUUGCCAUUGUAGAAAAAGUAGUUGUUUAAAGAAAUAUUGUGAAUGUUUUCAAGCUAGUAUACCAUGUAAUGAGAAUUGUAAAUGUUAUGAUUGUAAGAAUCAAGCCCAUCAUCAUUUACAUCAUCCUGAUAAUGGAGGUACUAUCAUUAAUAAUAACAACAACAAUAAUAAUAACAACAACAACCAUAACAAUAACAAUAAUAAUAAUUUAAAUAGUAUUAAAAAAUUAAAUGAAAAGAAAAUGAAUAAAAAUAAAAAAUCUGAAACAUUAACACCAUCAAUGUUAACACCACAAUCAAUUGAAACAACACCUUCACCCAUUAAUAGUAAUGGUAAUUUUAGUAAUAAUAGUAGUGGUGGAAGUAAUAGAGGUGUUCAAGAAUUUCAAUUUCAACAACCUCAACAAUUACAAUUGCAACAUCAAUUACAAUUUCACCAACAAUUAUUACAACAACAACAGCAACAACAACAACAACAACAACAACAACAACAACAACAACAACAACAACAACAACAACAACAACAACAACAACAACAACAACAACAGCAACAGCAACAGCAACACCAUACUGAACAAGUUCAAUUACAACAACAGCAGCAACAACAUCCACAACAAUACCACCACCACAAUCAACACUUUAAUAAUAAAACCUUAUCACCAUUUGUAAAUAAUAUAUCACCUUUUUUAAAUCACCAUAUUGAAAAUAAUAAUAAUAAUAAUAAUAAUAAUAAUAAUAAUAAUAAUAAUAAUAUCCACCACCAACAAUUAAGUAAUAAAAGACAAAAAGUAACCCAUGGAAAUGAUACGAUUGGGCAAGAUCAAACGGAAAUAAAUUUAUUAAACCAGUUUAAGAAUGAAUUAAUUCAAAAAUCAUUUGUGAGUCUUGCACAUUCACAUUUAACAAACAACAGAAUCAAAAAUAUGGCUAUUGAUUUAUUAUCUUUGGCAAGUAAUACUGAUAAAAUAAACAAUAAUAAUAAUAAUAAUUCUGUUAGAGGCAAUUGUAAUGAAAAUAAAAAAGAGGAUGAAACUUUGGAUAAUAAAGAAAAUAUAGAGAAUAGUAAUAAUAAUAACAAUAAUAAUAAAAUUAAUGGAAAAAUAACUACUACAACUACUUCCAAAUCAAAUCAAAAUGAAAAAUUAUCUUUACUUUGUGAUGAAGAGUUAGAAAUCAAUACAGAUCCAACAAAUAAUAAUAAUAAUAUUAAUAAUAAUAAUAAUAAUAAUAAUAAUAAUAAUAAUAAUAAUAAUAAUAAUAAUAAUAACCUUUUUACAGAACAAUCAAUUAAAAUGUCAUAUAUAAAGAGAGAAACAGAAAUUUUAAGAUCAUUUUCAUCAUUUUUAAAGGGUAUAAUUAAAAAUUCCGAUACAACUUUUCAAAUAAAUAAAUAA